CGAGUAGAUUGAUAAGGAUCAGAAAGACGCAGGUCAACAUUGGUAGGAUGGUGAUUCUCAAGUGAGAUCAUUUGUUUUACUAUCGGCGUCCACCUGGUUGGUUCUGAAACACUUUUGGUUUUCCGCAUUCAAUUAGAGUAUCGCGGCAUAUGAGGAUCAAGAAGUGUUUCUUUUCCAUCACAAAGUGUUUCUUUUCCAUCGGGAUUCUCGUGUGUUUCUGGCAUGCGAAUGAAAAAGCAGAGCCACAUGUUGUUGUUUGUUUAUUCCAACUCUAAAUAUAUUGCGCUCGCCGCAAUUUUCUUGCUCAAGGCUGGUCACCAGCACGUAUUGGUUGUUGCAAACGGGGGCAACAGAAACAGAGGAAAUUUCAUCGACCAAGAAGCGAGUGUGCAGCUGGAGUUGGCAGAGCCCCCACGCCCGCUCUCCGACGGAGUAUGCGAAAGUGUGGAUUCAACUCGCGGAUCAUGCGUACUUCCAAAGGAGAAGUUGUUACGCAGAGCCGCUGCUGACACGGAGGUCACGCUAAAACCAGCAUCGUUCGCACGGAUUGUGCGGGCGAUAUCCGGGAGAGUCCUUGGAGCAGGGCGAAGUAGGCAGGGAGAUCACGACGACGCGAUCGAGGCAGGAGGAGCCCGCGACCAGGUGAUCGGGCAGUUCUUAUCGGGAGACGAGGAGGGCGAUCAUGGAGAGGACUAUCGGAAAGCACGAGAGGCAGGUCGUGAAAAUAGCGGCGUGGAGUUGGAUAUGAUGGGGCUAGAAGUAGCCGAUGGCGAUGGCGCCUCCGAUCAUCACAUGAGGGGAAAAAAUAACGACGAGCGAACGACGAGACCUAUGGCCAGGCCCUUUCGAGUGGUGCAUGUUGGACCGUACCAUUUGCGCGAAAGCCCCGCCACAGCAGAGCUUUACCAGGCAAUCACCGAGCGACACGAUGCCUCGUCUGAUCCAGGUGGAGUGGAGUUGGUUUUAGUGGAAGCAAAUCCCUUUAUUCUAAACCAGCUGCGGAACACAAUUCGCAUCCGCUUUCCCUCGUGGACAAACAGCACAAGGAUAGUGCAGGCAGCCAUUGUGCCCCCGCCCAAGAUCAUGUCGCAGACAAAAAGUAGUGCUGAAAAUGAACGAGCUUCGCCAGCACCAGCACUUCUUGAAUCGGACGACGGAGCAGUAGGAGAGAAGACUACGAUAUGCAAAGAAAAAAGUGUUACAGCUACACAUUUGUUGUCAAUUCAGCAACACAAAUUUAUCUGCAUGAGAAAGAAAACUUGCAAUGCAGAAGUCCUACGGGAAAACACCUAUGAAGCGAGGCUGCUAUGCAUAUCCGGCAUGACAGAGCUUGUCUGUCUUGCUUGGCCUGCAACACAAUGUGUAUACUGUAACACUUUUUUCCUUGCAUAUAGAUAUACGACCAUAUCAUUCUUCACGGUGAACUUCCCUUUGCUGUACCAAAGCGAAAGCAAAAAAAGAGACGUUAGAGUUAGUAGAGCAGCGAAUGCCAACGAUGUCGAGAUGAACAGCAUGGUACCACGUUCGGCCACCCCGACCCCCGUACCCACACGCAUUGCGGAUGCUGUGGGCGUCCAAGCCUACUCGUCAGCGACCCACUUGGUGCAGCAACUGGAGCUCUUUAGCAGAGUGGAAGACGAGGAUGUGCCGAAAGAUAUUCCGUGGGCAGAUUACGUAGUGGAAACUCGAGUGCCCGUGAAAAGGAGCGUAAUCAACGUACUAUCUUCCGAUGUACUUGUUCCUGCUGCAGCUCCUCCUGGGGUAGUGCAACUCGACGAAGAUCGUGUGGCCGUCGACAUUCUCAUCGUAGACACGCCAAAUUCGGUGGACAUAGUCCUCGACUUCUUACUCAAUUUGGAAGAGGGUAGUCGCCCUCGCGAAGGAGCAGCAGGAGGUGAACAUGUACUUUCAUCGCAUCGCACGACGAUGCCUCGGCUCAUCCGUUUGCACUGGUUCUGGGGACUGGGCUACGCGAAUUUCGCAGACUUCGCAGCAGAAAAGGAGCCUCCGCUGCGUCACGUACUGCGGCUGCUCACGAAAUUCAACUACGAAGUUCUACAGCAUCGCGAAUUUUUCUACGCGAUUCCUAGAGAAAUGUGAAGAUGAUUGAUUUUAUAGGUAAGGCACUUCAUCGAUACAACUGUCGGUUAUCCCUACGGUAUUGAUGAAAGUGAAACUUUCUUGUUCAUUAAGGUGGGUCUUUUCGCUCCUGUAUGAUUUGCGCUUGCGCAUUUUGAUGAGGC